AUGUUUGAAAUUUUUUAUGAAGUUUCUUUGUUAAAUUUUUUAUCACUCCUAGCAUUUGUCACCACAGUGGCAUUAUUUUUUUGUGGUACAGCAAUUUGUAGACAAAUAUGGAGAAGAAAAGAUACUAAAGAAAUUUCUGGAGCACCAUUUUUAAUGGGUAUAUUAGGUGGCACAUGUUGGUUAACAUAUGGAUAUUUAAAGCCUGAUUCUACUGUUAUAUAUGUAACAUCAGUACAAUGUAUUCUUUAUAUAUCAUAUUCUACAUUUUAUUGGAUAAUGACAAAAGAUAAAUUAUGGAUAACAUUUCAAUUAGGUGGAAUUUAUACAAUAUGUGCUUCACUUAUUCUUUCUGUAUAUUUUUUUGGUCAUAAAGUAUACCAUCCUUUAGGUAUAAUAUGUGUUACAUUAAAUGCUAUGGAUUUUGGAGCUCCAUUAGCUGGUAUUCAUGUUGUUUUACGUAAAAGAGCAACAUCAACACUUCCUUUGCCAUUAUGUAUUGCUAAUUUUGCUGUUAGUACAGAAUGGUUUUUAUAUGGAUUGUUAAAAGAAGAUUUAUAUAUUAUUGUUCCUAAUGGUAUUGGAAGUUUUCUAUCAACACUUCAAAUUAUUAUUUUCCUAGUUUUACCACGAAAACAUGGAAGAGAAAUUCCAAUUGUAUGGUUAUUUAAAAAAUUAACCUGUCGAACUUCAGUAAAACCUGAUAUUGAAUGUGAACCACAAAUAGUUAAUUAUCAUGAUGAGGAAGAUGUUAAAGAAGAAAUUCCUGAUAGAAGUAUAAAAGGUCGUUUAAAUAGUUUUAGACAAUCAAUUCCUAAAUUAAUAAGAAAACCAUCAGAAAUGAUAGCACAUAUUGGUUCAGAUAUUGCAAAUUAUCAGCACAGAGAUCCAUUUGACUAUCAUCCAGAAAUCGAUGAAUCAGAUGAUUCUGAUUCAGAAAGUAUUAAUGAUGCCGCAAAUCGAUUCUCUCAAAGUAUGUUUGCCCAAAUUCAAAAAGAUCGUGGGGUAUCUUUCAAAACAAGAGACAGAGGCCAUUUGCGUAAACGUCAAUUAUCUCUUCCUAAUAUUUAUGAAGCUAUAGAAAAAGAGAAAUAA